AAACCAGCGAGAUCCCCAGUCCACCACAUCCCAUCCCGCGGCCCCGGCCCCGGCCGACCCAACGGCUCGCACCCAGCCACCUACCCAGUAGACCACCCACCCUCGCGCAUCGCAGCCCGACCGCGACACUUCUCUUCUCUUCUCCGCCACGGCAGGGCAAAGGGACUGACCGACGAUACGCGAGUACGCGACGACGGCGCCUAUUCGCCCGGUCGAGGUCGGUCCGGUCGGCCCGUGGCGUGGACCUGAAGCAGCCUCCUCACACCGCCUUCGACUUCCUGUGCUCCGCCUUCACCCGACUCGUUCGUCGCUCGCUCCAGGCCCGCCUGGCUUCCCCAGGCCUUUGCUGCUCCUGCUCGCUAGCUCCGUCGCUCAGGGGGGCGCCUGCGCCGGCGAGGUUAGGCAGGACUCAGGAGUUUCCCCGCCGAGCGCGCGCGAGGCUCUUCGCAGGCGUCCCGGGAGGCGGCGGCGGCGGCGGCGGCGCAUUCCUGGAUAAAGUUGGUUGUUGUCUGCUGUUUUCUUCUGGUUGGUAGGGGACUCCAACCUGCCUCAAGCUUCGUUGGUACGCUUCCUUGUGGUUAUAAAAGCUUUCUGGAUACACCUGGGAAUCUUUUCAUUGAGGGAGUUGUUGAAUACACCACAUCAGGGUGACAGUUCAGCAGGAAUUUGUUGAGCUUUUCUGAUUGGAUGGUCUGGUUCUGAAUUCAUGUGAUGCUUUAGAUUGAAGAUAUAGUGAAUGCAAACUCCGGACCAACUUGUCACAAGGUUCUGAGUGAUGAAGAAAUGGCAUGGCGGCUUUGCCGUUGUAUCUUUGUUCAUCAUCUUGAUGUUAAGAUAUGUGAUAUUGGAUAGCCCACUUGCAGAGAAAUCGCUUCAGUAUGUUUUCCAACAAAACAGGACGGUAGAAUUACAUUGGUUGGAUGUUCCAAACCCACCUGCAAUCCAGAAUCCACAGAAUUCUUCUGAAGUAAUAUCAACCAGACUCUUGGCAUCCAACCUUUCCAUUACCAGAAAUCUCUCUGAUAGAGAACUUCAAUCUUUACUUUGUUGGAAUCAUUUGAGACACCUAUUAUCUCAUGCCCAUAUCCUGCCAGAUGGAGUAGAGGCAAUCAAGGAAGCUGGAGUUGCAUGGAGGGAACUCAAUACAGCCCUUGCAUAUGAUGACUCAGUUGUUUCUGUUAAUGCCAGCAUUCAGCAGAAGGACAAAGGAAAGCAAUGCCCUUAUUCUAUCAGAAGGAUGAAUGCCACAAGAUUAGGUGAUAGGUUUGCUUUAAAACUUCCCUGUGGAUUGAUUCAGGGCUCUUCAAUAACUAUUAUUGGUACUCCUGGUGGUCUUCUGGGUAAUUUUAAGAUAGAGUUAACUGGAGCCGCAGUUCCUGGUGAACCAGACCCUCCAAUUGUCCUUCAUUAUAAUGUCCGUCUUCUUGGUGAUAAACUCACAGAAGAUCCUGUAAUAGUCCAAAAUACAUGGACAAUAGCUGAUGAUUGGGGUUCUGAAAACCGUUGCCCAUCUCCUGAUUCAGAUGCUAAGGACAGUGCAAAAGUGGAUGAUCUAGAAAAAUGUAGCAGCAUGGUAGGUGAGGACCAGAAAGAAAUCCUUCCCUCUAAGUUACAUUCAAAUGUUUCGACCAUGCCACCUGCAAGGAAGAAGAAAGCAGAACCUAGAAAGUAUUUUCCAUUCAGACAGGGAUAUCUUGCUGUAGCAAUUCUUCGUAUCGGAGCACAUGGGAUCCAUAUGACUGUAGAUGGCAAACAUAUCACUUCGUUUGCAUUCCGAGAGGAUUUGGAACCAGGGUUUGUUGGUGAAGUAAGAAUUGCUGGAGAUAUUAAAUUGCUAUCUGUGAUAGCAAGUGGCCUGCCUACAACAGAGGACUUCGAGCAUGUGACUGACUUAGAAACAUUGAAGGCUCCACCUGUGCCCAUGAAUAAAUCUGUUGAUCUUUUCAUUGGGGUCUUCUCUACAGCAAAUAAUUUCAAACGCCGAAUGGCAGUUCGCAGAACUUGGAUGCAGUAUGAUGAUGUGCGCUCAGGAAAAGUUACAGUUCGAUUCUUUGUUGGCCUGCACAAAAAUGAGGUAGUCAAUGAGGAACUCUGGAAUGAAGCACGAACAUAUGGAGACAUCCAGCUGAUGCCAUUUGUGGAUUACUAUAGCCUGAUUCUUUGGAAGACCAUAGCAAUCUGCAUCUAUGGGACAAAUGUCCUGUCAGCCAAGUAUGUGAUGAAAACUGAUGACGAUGCUUUUGUUCGAGUAGAUGAAAUACUCUCUUCCCUUGACCGAACCAAUAUCAGCCAUGGACUAUUGUAUGGUCGUGUCAAUUCUGAUUCCCAGCCUCAUCGAGAUCCAUAUAGCAAGUGGUACAUAACCCCUGAGGAAUGGCCUGAGGAGAGUUAUCCUCCAUGGGCGCAUGGACCAGGAUAUAUUGUUUCAAAGGACAUAGCUAAAGAAGUUUACAGGAAACACAAGAGUGGGGAGUUAAAGAUGUUCAAGCUAGAGGAUGUCGCAAUGGGAAUAUGGAUCAAUGAGAUGAAGAAGGAUGGCUUGGAUGUCAAGUAUGAGAAUGAUGGGAGGAUCUUGGUUGAAGGGUGCGAGGAUGGGUAUGUGGUUGCUCACUACCAAGAACCAAGGGAUAUGAUGUGCCUCUGGGAUAAGUUUCAGAAAACAAAACGAGGAACAUGUUGCAAAGAAUAACAGAAAUACUGGAAAUGAUGCUUUAUUUUUCGGUGGUUGGUUGAACAGACACCGUCACGCUAAAACGUUCUUGAUAUAUACACAGCCCUACCUAAGAGGAUUCUUGCAGAAGUGGAAGGCAAACAAAGUUUUGGAUAUCUUCUAAGUUUGUUUCGUCCGCAGUCUGAAGAGUUUCAAGUCAAACUAGGGGAUAUGCAUCGUAGACAGAAUGUAGGUCACAUCUGUUUUGGCGUAGGUAGGAGGGUACUGCUUUGCUUACUUUGUGGCUUGUAAAAUAGUAUCGCCCUAGAAUGUAGGAUACAGCGGCAGCAGAUUACGUUAGGAUAGAUUGAGCCAGUCUUACCAUUCUUUUGAAAGGAAUGCAUUUUGCAUCUGGUGUAAAGCUAUUUGGUGGCCAUAUUCUCUAGUAUUAAUACAGUCAAUGUUCACUCCACGCCUGAAUUUUUUGUCCCUGGCCCCUUCAUGAUACAUUCUGAAGGAAUUUCAAAUCGUUACUGAUUGAGCGAGUCUUA